AUGUCCGGAGUACUCUCAGCGGUAGUGAGCCAUGCGUCGAUGCUGCGUGGGAAGGAGGAGCGAGCGCCAGAUGUUGUGGCUCAACUUCGUCUGCUCUCCCGCAACUCUUCGAGUCAGCCCGUGGCUACUAAGCUCAACCCUCAAUGCCUGCAAACAACGGAGCCUGUCUUUAACCAGCAGUUUCAGCUGGAAGUGGAAAAUGCAUCAACCUCUCAGCUGGAAAUUACUCUGUGGGACGCCAGCGACAAAAAUCCUACGAACAAUUCGAAUUUCCUUGGAGAGGUCAUUCUCAAUGUCUCGAAGCUGGAAAACUUCGUUGGAAUGGACAUAAAGCAGACAUUUCAAGUGAAACCUAGCAAGAACAUUUCUGUCGACGCUCCCAUUACCGGCACUCUCACGAUGUCCUUGAACUACCAAUCUUCGAGCAAGAGCUCCGCCAUCUCAAUGGACUCAUGGAUCUCAAUCGGAGUUACGUUCUGCAUCGAAGAAGAUUGGGAAGUGAUCAAGCCCAAGCACCAGAAGUUUGAAGAAGACGCGAGGAAUGAUCUCCAACGGAUGCUCGCGGUCGAGGGGAAACAGCUCGAGGUUGUGGGUUCCGAACGAUGGCUGGUGAACGGGAAUCAGAGCAUUGGAACGCUGCUGCAUGUCAAUCUCUCUGGGGAUGAAGAUAAGGUGCGAACAGCCAAGUACAUCGAGACCAAGCUUAGGGAGCUCUACAACGACCCACAGAGCCAGUUCCGCAGCAGCUCCUCUUUGAGCAAGACCAAGGACAUCAAGAGCCAUCAUCCUUACAAGAAGACUCUACCACCCAACGCUGGGACCAACGUCAAGCAACAAGUGGCAACCCCUGUGAAGCGAGUUCCUUCAGGAUUUCGCUCAACAAACGCCAACGCACCUGCAAACACGACAGCAGUACGAUGCGUACUGACCUUGACGCGACUGACAAGUCCCCAUCGAAAGGAACAAGGAGCCCAACAAGUCGAUUCGGCACGGAUGGAGACUCAGAAAAAGAUGGAACAGCAGGAAGAAAUUCAUAGAUUGGAAGAACAAAGGAAGGAGGCUGAGAGGAAAGAAGCCGAGAGGAGGGAAGCUGAAAGAAAGGAGGCUGAAAGAAAGGAGGCUGAAAGAAAGGAGGCUGAGAGAAAGGAAGCAGAGAGAAAGGAAGCAGAGAGAAAGGAGGCUGAGAGAAAGGAAGCUGAGAGGAGGGAAGCUGAGAGAAAGGAGGCUGAGAGAAAGGAGGCUGAGAGAAAGGAGGCUGAGAGAAAGGAGGCUGAGAGAAAGGAAGCUGAGAGGAAAGAAGCUGAAAGGCAGAAACAAAUUGCACAGAACGAUGCCUUACGACAAGAAGAAGCAAAGAGGCAGAUGCAAGCAAAAGAAGCUCAAGCUCUGCCUGCGGUCGAGACCCGGCCAAAUGUGGUGCAUGAGACAAGCAAGGAGGCUGAUGUCGGGCUGGACGUCGUGUAUGAGAAUGGAAAGCACACUGUCAAAGCUGUCGCCCGGAAUGGCCCGGCUUUCAAUACGCAAUUGAUUGCAGUUGGCGAUCAGAUAGAGUCCGUGGACGGGCAGGACGUCUCGCGCCUGUCGACUGAGGAGGUCACCUCCCUCCUAGGAGGAAAGAGUGGAACUUCAGUGACCGUCUCCUACAUCCACGACAGCGAGAAGAGAAAUCUCACGCUACGGCGAGCCAUCCCGCCUCACGACACCUCCAAGUGGCAGCUCAUAGACGACGCGAUGCGCAACGAGUACCCACAUCUCGCGUUCCUGUGGGUCGGAGUCAAGGUCACAGACAAGGAUGCUGAGUGGAAGGCUGAUAUCCUCUACGGUCCUCUGUGGGAUCCAAACAACCCUCCUCCCCUUCCGGAGCUCCCUAAGGUCCCGGAGUACCUCUUGCAGCAGAUUCGAGCUUCCUCGUCCCUCCUCCACGCUCAGGGGAGCAACAUCCAGCCCGUUUACGUGAUCCAGGAUCCGGUCGCAUCCUAUGGUUUCAAUCAGGGGGUUCACUCUGCCAACUUCGGUAUCCCCCAGCAGAGUUUUCCCAACUUGCAGUCGUCCGGGAAUUUCUACCUGCCGGCGAUCCCCCCGGCGAUGCUCCAGCAGCCGAUGGAUGCCAAUAUGAUGCGAACAUCGCAAGAAGGCGUCAUGACAGCCUCCCUCAUUCAUCAGCAGCAGCAGCAACAGCAGCAGCAGCAGCAACCUCCAAUGCAGCUGUAUGCCAACACAACGAGCGCCAGGCCUGCCAUCACCGGGGCUCCCUCUGCUCCCUACUUCACCGCUGAAUGCUGA